CCGCGGCGGCUUCCGGCGGAAGUGGCGGCGCGGCGGAACCGGCCGGAGAUCCCCCCGCCAUGGAGAAGUUCGGGAUGAACUUCGGGGGCGGCCCCAGCAGGAAGGAGCUGCUGGAGACCAUCGAGACGCAGAAGCAGCAGCUCCUGCGCUUCCAGGCGCGCCUCAAGGACGUGGUCCAGGCCUACAAGAGCCUCCUGAAGGAGAAGGAGGCGCUGGAAGCCAGCCUGAAGGUGCUCUCCGUGUCCCACGACGGGGACCUCGCAGUGCCCCCGCCCGGGGCUGGGGACUCCCCGGACGACCGGAGCUCGGAGCACAGCGAGGACAGCGCGGGGACGGCCGCCGGCGCGGACGCCGCGGCCGGCCUGACCGGCGCCGGGGGGGACGAGGAGGACAAACCCGCGGGCGGCGCUUCCCAGAGAGCCGAGGAGCCGGGCGGCUCGGAGGGCGGCUCGCCGGGCGAGCCCGAGCGGCGCCUGCAGCAGCUGAAGGCGCAGCUGGCCACGCUGACGGGCGCGCUGGCCACGGUGACGCGGGAGAAGUCGCGCAUGGAGGCGUCGUACCAGGCGGAGCGGCGGCAGAUGAAGCAGGAGCUGGAGGAGGCGGCGGGGCGGGCGCGGGACGAGGCGGAGCGGCGGGACGCCGAGCUGCGGCGGCUGCGGGAGCAGCUGGCCGAGACCCGCGCCCGCCUGGCCGCGCAGCAGCGCGAGCGCGAGAGCGAGCAGGCCGACCACGGGCUGAUGCUGCGCGAGCUGCAGGAGCUGCUGCGCGCCGAGCGCGCCGCGCGCCGCGCCGCCGAGCGAGCCCCGGGCCACGAGCAGCACGGCCGGCGGCUGAGCCACGAGCUGGAGGAGCUGCGCAGGGAGCUGCAGGACGCGCGCGAGGAGAGCGGGAGGGCGGACCCGCGGAUCCGGGAGCUGCAGGAGGAGAUGGCCGCCCUCAAGAACCACUUCCAGCUGCAGCUGGUGCAGGAGAUGAAGAAGACAGCCCAGGCCGAGGAGCAGCUGCGGCAGCGCUCGCAGCAGGAGGAGCGGCGCGUGGCCGAGCUGGAGGCCCAGGUGUCCCAGGUGUCCGAGCUGCUGGGCACCUACGAGAAGGCCAAGCAGAGGGACCAGGGCACCAUCCAGAGGCUCAAGGACCGCAUCGUGCAGCUGGACCUGGAGAACAAGACCUUGGCCAUCGCCGCCUCCAGCCGCUCCCUGGGCGAGGUCGCCGUGGAGGAGGCCACCCUGGACGUGGGCGCGCUCAAGGAGAAGAUGGAGAAGCUGCAGAAGCUCCUGCAGGCGGCGGCCGGGAAGGGCCCGGCGGGGCCGGAGGCGGAGGAGCCGCGGGAGCCGGAGCAGCCCCCGGGCGGCGGGGACGGCAACGGGGACAAGGCCUCGGGCGGGCACUGCCAGCAGGAGCUGAGGCAGCUCAAGGAGGAGUUCGAGCGCUACAAGGUGAGGGCGCAGCAGGUGCUGAAGAGCAAGGCCACCAAGGACACGGGCCUGGCCAAGGAGCUGGAGGAGGCGCGGGAGCAGCUGGCGGAGCUCCAGGACAAGCACGCGCUGCUGCAGCUGGCCGCGGACGAGACGGAGAAGCGGCACCGGCAGGAGCUGGAGGCCAAGCAGCAGGAGCUGUCGCAGCUGCAGCAGCUGCACCGGCAGGAGCUGGAGCGCUGCCAGCUGCAGUUCCGGGAGCGGGCGCUGCGGCUGGAGGAGGAGAUGCACAAGCAGCGGGACCGGGCGCUGGCCGUGCUGGCCGAGAAGGACCGGGAGCUGGAGCAGCUCCGCGCCCCGGCGCCGCCCCACGGCCCCAGGAGCCGGCCCGGGGACGGCGGCCCCGGGGACGCUGCCGGCCCCGGGGACGCUCCCGGCCGGGAUUCCUCGGAGAUCCUGCCGCAGGCGCUGCAGCCGUGCUCCGGCUCCGAGCCCACCUUCUUCCUGUACGCCGAGCAGCUGGCGCGCAAGGAGGUGGAGAUCGCGGCGCUGCGCAAGCACAAGCACCGGCUGGAGGUGCAGCUGCACCAGCUGCGGGGCCGCGCCCUGGCCGAGGAGGACAAGCACCGGGAGGAGGUGGCGGCGCUGCGGGACGAGAUCCAGAAGAACUGCCGGGAUAAGAGCAGGGAAGGGGCCAACCUGGAGUACCUGAAGAACGUGGUGUACCGGUUCCUGACGCUGCCGGACGCGCGGGGCCGGCAGCAGACGCUCACGGCCAUCCUGGCCAUCCUGCACUUCAGCCCCGAGGAGAAGCUGAGCAUCGCCAAGAGCUCGGCCCACGGCUCCUGGUGGCUCCACGGCAAGAGAUGAGGGGUGGAUUUUAUUCCCUUUUCCCAAAGAGCUCCUUCCCGAGCACUGACCAAAACCUCAUCCCAGCCACGCCUGGGUCUCUCCAGGAUUUGGGCUCCGUUUGGUUUUUUUGGCACUAAUUUGCAGUGGGGUUGUGCCAGCUUUUCCAGCCCCAAAGCCUCCGUGGUGGGAAUUUGCUCCGAGUUGGGACUUGAUCUGAAAGCCGUGGAAUUGAAGAUGCCGAGGUUUUCUAAAGAUGAUUUAAAAACAAUCCCUACCUGCCAGGCGUGGCAUCAAGUGGAGUUCACUUGGAUCUUCAAGCUCCAGCCAGGCUGGUGACUCAGGAGAUGAAAGGGAAGGUGGGAAGCACUUUAGGUGGAGCUAAAAUAGCACCAGGCCAGGAAGGCUCGGGAAGAUGGGGCUCAGAGCAGGAAAUCUUGAGCAUUUCCCUCUAUGGUUCUUUUCCAGAGCCUGAUUUAACCAGUGGAUGCAGCU